AUUCACUCGGUCUGUAGAUCCUUGAGCAAUGACAGAUUGUAAAUUGUAAUGAAGAAAAUAAAACAGUACAAUUUUCACUCAAGGUGAAGGCGUAUCACAUAUUUAGUUUAGUUUUAAAUGUGGUUUAGAUUUCUUAAUUUUGAGUUUGAUGUAUGUCUAUUUUGUAUUCUAACCAUAAAGGCAAGAUGCAUUUGAAUGCUGAUAUUUCUAGUGCUUUACAACUUUUAGAGGAUAUUAAACAAACUCUGGAUGACUUAGGAGAUCCAAAGCUUCAAAUAAACACGACUCAGGAUCUUAGUUUACUUAUUAGUGUCCUAGAAAACCCGAUAUUUAGAAGUAUUGUUACAGUUCAAGACUCCAUAAGCGAGUUAAAUCAACAACUUGGUCAACAUCCUUCUAUUUUGCCAGUAGAUUUUGAUAUUACAGCUGCAGGAGAGUUAGUUUUAAAUGUACCACCAGCAGGCGAGCUAUACGACCCAGAUUACGCAGAGGAUUAUCCUAACAACAGAGAUUUUGAUGAACAAAGAGUGCCUUCCGCGCCAAUCUCACCUAGUUCACCCCAAGUGCCACUUUUACAUAACUCAGACAACCAGCUAUUAGCAGUACAUAGUCCAAAACUAAACAGUAGACUCUGCAAUUCAGAGUCACUGCAAGUACUGCAAAAUACUCCUGUCUUUAAUGAUGAAGAUAUCAUUCAUCGAUCUCCAUCUGUUGGAAGCAAUAAUUCGAAAAAUGAACCAGAUAAUUUAAUAAAUAGUGAAUGGUCCCAAGUAGAGAGUAUUGACCUAAUCAACGAUGGUACUGGACUAGGUUUUGGCAUUUUGGGAAUGAGGAAUAUGGGAGUAGUAGUCAAAACAAUUUUACCUGGAGGUGUAGCAGAUCGUGAUGGUAGAUUACAAAGCGGUGAUCACAUUUUACAGAUCGGUGAAGUAAAUCUCCAAGAAAUGAAUUCUGAACAAGUAGCCUCUGUUUUAAGACAAUCUGGUACCCAUGUUAGAUUAAUAGUAGCCAGACCAGUAGAUAUAUCUUCAACUGAAUACAAAUACUUAGGAAGUUCUGCUCCUCUAGUUCCCACUAGACUGCUUCAUGAUUGCACCGAAUUAGACAAAUACCUGGUUCAACAUAAAUACGCCCCCGUAUUUAAAAAGAGCAUUAACACAGAAUUGUUUCAAUCAGAUUUGUCUAUGCCAUAUGGAAUUUCUGGACUUUCUCGGGUUCCUGCUUCACCUUCACUGCCUUUGUUAAAUUUGGACAUGGUUGUCAAAAUGCCAGAAAUGGAAAAGUUCGUUGUUGAAUUAAAGAAAGAUGCCAAUGGUUUAGGUAUUACAAUAGCUGGUUAUGUUUGUGAAAAAGAAGAACUCUCAGGUAUCUUUGUCAAAAGCGUCAGUAAAGGUAGUGCAGCUGACUUAAGUGGUAAAAUUAAAGUCAAUGAUAGGAUUGUGGAAGUGGAUGGCCAGACUUUACAAGGAUAUAGUAACUUUCAAGCCGUUGAGGUGUUGAGAAAUUCAGGAAAUGUUGUCAAGUUAUGUUUAGAGAGAUAUCUCCAUGGGCCAAAGUAUGAGCAACUACAACAAGCAAUUGCUGCAAGUGAGAUAAAAUCUGCAUCGCCACCUGAUGUGCCACGAUUUCUCAAGGAAGAUGGAACAUUGAUUCUAAAUGGCAGUAGUAAUCACGAAAAUGGUCAGAUGCACAAAGAACCACUCAAUGAUGUAAAAAGUGAACCUCUGUCCCCAACAACUGAAAAGGCUCUCCGGAAGAACUGGCAGAAGGUCAUGGGUCCAGACACCGAGAUAAUCAUAGCACAGUUAACCAAAUUUGCAGAGAAGGGUGGAUUAGGUAUCAGUUUAGAAGGGACAGUUGAUGUAGAAGACGGACAAGAAGUUCGACCCCAUCAUUAUAUCCGAUCCAUACUUCCUGAAGGUCCUGUAGGAAGAAAUGGUAUCUUAAGGUCAGGGGAUGAGUUGUUAGAAGUGAAUAACCAUACACUAUUAGGAAUGAAUCAUCAUGAAGUAGUAAGCAUUUUAAAGGAACUGCCCGUUAAUGUGUGUAUGGUGUGUGGUAGAAAUCCAUUUAACUUGUUAGCCCAACGUGACGAUCCAAUUGCAGACAGAGGAUCUUUGAAUCGGAGUCUGCACAAUCUUCUUCCUGUGUCCGAUCGACUAGUAAAGGCAAAAUCCGAUGGGUCUUUAGCUAGUAGUAUUACCAUUUUAGGAUCUUCUGACCAAGCUUUUAGUAAGAUGAAAUCUCGGUCAUUAGAACCAUUAACUGGAUUAGCCAUGUGGAGUUCAGAUCCUCAAGUAAUUGAAUUAGUUAAAGGAGAACGAGGUUUAGGGUUCUCUAUUUUAGAUUAUCAGCAUCCAAUAGAUCCUAAUGAUACUGUUAUUGUGAUUAGAAGUUUAGUACCUGGUGGUGUAGCGCAGCUUGAUGGUAGAUUGAUUCCUGGCGAUCGCUUGUUAUUUGUUAAUGAUACAGUAUUAGAGAAUGCUUCACUUGAUCAAGCUGUUCAGGCUCUCAAAGGUGCUCCAAAAGGAAUUGUCAGAAUAGGUGUAGCUAAACCUUUGCCCAUUCCAGAUACUAUAGGUCAUAACUCACUUGUUGAUAUUGACACAAAUAGGUAUAUAACAACCAACUCUAUACUCAAUUAAUAUUUUAUUCUCUUUUCUUUCUGGAACCACACACUGGGGUUCCAAAUGCCGAAAACGUGGUUAUGAAUCUUUGGAAACGUAUAUUGUUCAUACACUUCAGAAUUACUUCCGUACUUAGGGAUUUUCAGCAUCGCUGGUUACGAAUCAGACAUUUUUUUUUAUCAAAAUGGCGGAUCUAAUAUGGAGGAAAUAAAUUCGAAACUUUUAUGUUAAACGCAUAUUUUAUGAAAUUAUACAGUGUGUAACAAAAAUACAGGUCAUAAAUUUAAUCGCAUAUUCUGGGACCAAAAAUAGUUCGAUUGAACCUAACUUACCUUAGUACAAAUGUGCACGGAAAAAAAGUUACAGCCCUAUGAAGUUACAAAUUGAAAAUUGAUUUUUUCCAAUAUAUCGAAAACUAUUAGAUAUUUUUUAUUGAAAAUGGAAACGUGGCAUUCUUUUGGCAGUAGUAUUUUAAGAAAAAAUUAUAAUGAAAUUUGUACACCCCAUAAAAAUUUUAUGGGGGUUUGGUUCCUUUAAACCCCCCCAAACUUUUGUGUACGUUCCAAUUUAAUUAUUAUUGUAGAGCUAUUAGUUAAACACAAGUUUUUAAAAACUUUUUUGUCUCUUAGUACUUUUUUCAAAAGUCAGUUUUUAUCGAGAUAUUUGAAUAUUUGUCAAAUCCACCACAUAUUUGUAUAUGGUAAAGUACGGUUAUGGAGACUUGGUAAUAAUAUGAAAAUUUAUUUAUGAUUUACAUUUUUAAGUAUAUUUUGAACCAUAUUAAAAAAGAAGCCACAUCUCGAUAAAAGAUGCUUUAUCAAAAAAAUACAAAGAGGCAAAACAGUUUUAAAAACACUGUGUUUAACUAAUUGUACCGCAGUAAUAGUUUAAUUGGAACGUACACAAACAUUUGGGGGGUUUUAAGGAACAAAACCCUCAUAAAAUUUUUAUGUAAACAUAUUAAAAAAGAAGCCGCAACUCGAUAAAAACUGCCUUAUCGAAAAAAUACUAAGAGGCAAAAAAGUUUUAAAAAUAUCGAAUUUAACUAAUGGCACCACAAUAAUAAUUUAUUUGGAACGGACACAAAAGUUUGGGGGGUUUAAGGGAACAAAACCCCUAUAAAAUUUUUAUGGGGUGCACAAAUUUCACUAUAAUUUUUCUUUAAGAUGUUCUUUCCAUAAGAAUGCUACAUGUCCAUUUUCAACAAAAAAACUCUAAUGGUUUUCGAUAUAUUCAAAAAAAUCGAUUUUCAUUUUGUAAAUUCAAAGGGCUGUAACUUCUUUUGUGUGCAUAUUUGUACUAAGGUAAGUUAGGUUCAUUCGAACUAUUUUUGGUCCCAGAAUACGUGGUUUAAUUUAUGACCUGUAUUUUUGUUACACCCUGUAUAUUAUAAGGGACUUUUGAAAUUGCUGAUUACUCAUACAACUUCUUUUUGAAAAACAAAUGUAUUCAGAACCUAUGACUUAUACAGGGUGUUUGGUAAAGAAUGGGCCAUAGCUUAACCUUAGAUACCUGAGGUUAAAAUAGGUCAAUUUAAGCUAACUUACCUUAGUAUAAAAGUAGAUAUUAACCGAAAUACAAGGUGUCAAAGUUAAACUUUUAUUUUAUUUACUUUUGAAUAUGUCCUGACAGGCACGGCACAACAACACGAAAUUUGGCUGCUGGUACUGUACAGCCUACUAAAUUAUGUUAAACAAACGUUUCUGGCUACUACCAGAGGCGUACAAGGGGGAACGUGAAUGGUUGACCCUUCCCAAAUUCUACGCCACUGGCGGAAUUUCUGUUUUAGUGAAAUUUUUUGAUUCUCCAAUACUUUCUAUGUAAAUAACAUACUCUUAGUUCGUAACGAUAAAGCUAUUAGUUUUCGAGAUAUUUGAAGCUAAAAACGAAGGAGCAUAAUACAUUAAUCAAAAUAAGUGUGCCUUUUCAUUUUUAACUUCAAAUAUCUCGAAAACUAAUGACUUUAUCGUUACGAAUGAAGAGUAUAUUAUAUGCAUAGAAAGUAUUGGAAAAUCUAAAAAUUAUGCUAAGGUAGCAGUUUCAUCAGUGGUGUAGAAUUUGGGAAGGGUCACCCAUUCACUUUCCCCUGUCGUACGCCUCUGGUAGUAGCCAGAAACGUUUGUUUAACAUAAUUUAGUAGGGUGUGCAGUGCUUACACUUUCUGCCAAGUAUCACUUGGAUAUGUCAAAUUAUUUUAAAGUAUUCUUUUUUUUAAAUAAUUUAUUCUUUAUUUAAAACUUUAAGAAAUAUGAGUGCCCGGUACUAUAAGACUAUUUGACAUAUCCUUAUGGUACUUGGCAGAAAGUGUAGGUACUGUACACCCUACUAAUUUAUAUUAAAUAAUCGUUCGUGGUUAAUACCAGAGGCGUACGACAGGGGAAAGUGAAUGGUUGACCCUUCCCAAAUUAUACGCCACUGAUGAAACUGUUAUUUUAGAGCAUAAUUAUUAGAUUCUCCAACAUUUUCUAUGCAACUAAUUUACUCUUCAUUCGUAACGAUAAACUCAUUAGUUUUCGAGAUAUUUGAAGUUAAAAAUGAAAAGGCACACUUAUUUUGAUUAAUGUAUUAUGCUCCUUCGUUUUUAGCUUCAAAUAUCUCGAAAACUAAUGGCUUUAUCGUUACGAAUGAAGAGUAUGUUAUUUACAUAGAGAGUAUUGAAGAAUCAAAAAAUUGUACUAAAAUAUAAAUUCCGCCAAUGGCGUAGAAUUUGGGAAGGGUCAACCAUUCACGUUCCCCCGUCGUACGCCUCUGGUAGUAGCCAGGAACGUUUGUUUAACAUAAUUUAGUAGGGUGUACAGUACCAGCACCACUUACAAAUUUCGUUUUGUUGUCCCAUGCCUGUCAGGAAAUAUUCAAAAAUAAAUAAAAUAAAAGUUUAAUUUUGACACCCUGUAUUUCGGUUAUUAUCAACUUUUGUACUAAGGUAAGUUAGCGUAAAUCGACCUAUUUUAACCUCAGGAAUCUAAGCUAUGGCCCAUUCUUUAGCUAACACCCUGUAUGUAAAACCGCCAAUACAUACUCAACAACCGCCAGAAUCAUAUAAUAUGCGUCAUUUCACACUUUUGUAUUCAAACAACUGCCAGCAAUGCAAGGGCAGUUAAGAGCAGCUAAGCCAAUGUGAUUCUGUAGCUUUUUACUGUACAUUUUGAGGAUAAACGUUUGUCGCAGAACUUCGUACUUUUUGAAUGUAUCUUUAGAACAUUUUGAUUAUUUCAAGUAUAUUUUUACUGAUUAUUCAUUAACAAAUUGUAUGCAAUUAUUAUUAUCAAAUCUUAAGUCAACAUAUAUCUUACAUUAAUACAUACUUAAAUAAGAAAAAUCUGCUUUACAGCAAUAAAAUUGAUAAACUACAAAACGUUUUACAGCUUUUCAAUAUACGCGUUCUUUUUCACUUUUACUGCCGGCCACAAUAACGUCGAACAUGGCUCACUUGUCCCUGAGCUCUGAAUAAGAAUACAUCCGGUCUGAUGUUUACACCUGCGUGUUGCGACUCUACGAUAGUAUGAGAAAAUAUGCUUAAACAUAAAUCCCUCGAUAGGGCUUUUUUUACUUCAUGACCACGUUUUCAGCAUUUUGAACCAAUGUGAUACGGCAUCACUAAUAUAGGUCUUAGAUCCAUAUUUAAAUUUUAUUAGUCUCUAUGAUAAUAGCCUUAUUAUGGUUUAAAUAGUGGCUUAUUUAGCAGCCUCUUCUGGUCCAAUUCUUCCUGAAUUUUCUUUAAUAUUGUUGAUCCAUCUUUUUGCUGUCUUCCGAUGCCUCAUUUAUGUGCUCUUAGUCACUAUUGUAUUAUAAAUAGAAACAGACUGUUUGACUUGUACACCCUUCUAUAUAAAUCAAAACGUAAACUGGUGUAUGUUUUCAAAAAACUGAUAGUGUGUAAAUAAAUUUAUUAAAAUCAGCAGAGUACUUUCAGCAUUUUUAAUGCCAUCAUCAGAACUAUCGUCUUAUAAUUGUAACUACCUCAAAUGAAGAGAAAACUUCGAACAAACACAUUCUAAUUUUAAAAAUUAACCCAGUGAUCAAACCACUGGUGAGGGUAAAAACCCUUAAAUAUUAGACCAGGGCGCAUCUGUAAAAAUAUUAGUACAUUUGGACGUUGAGAGGUGACUCAAAUUUUUUUGCAGAAAUUGCUUGAAAAUAAAUCAAAUAAUAAUAUUUGAGUUAUCCUCCCUCUCAAAAAGGUCCGGAACAUUGUUUAAAUAAUCAAAAUAUCAAAAAAUUAAGGAAAAAGUCGAUUUUUUCUUCGUUUUUUGAUUAUAACUUUAAAAGUAUUUAUUUACAAGAAAAGUUGUACUGACAUAAAAGUUGCGUAAUUAAAUUUCCAACGAUAUAGAAUUAGUUAACAAUUUAAAAAAUAGUCACCCUUGUUGCAAAAUAGCAAUAAUUGCGAAAAAACCAUACAAAAACAAGUAUUCUCAUUUUACGUUUUUCAACCAUUUAUGCUACACUUAGGACCUUCAUAUUUCACUCAGAAAAACUUUAUGAUACAGUAAAACAAUACUGUAAAGUUCAUUAAGAUCGGUUCAAUAGAUUUUGCAAAAUAAAUUUUGCAAUCCAGCUUUCGCAAAAAAAAAAUCAUUUUUUCAAAAUGUUACAGGACUGAAAAUAAAGCAGAUAGCAAGUUGAAAUUUUUUUUACGUAUAGAAGUGUACUGUACCUUUUAUAUGCAAUUUUGCAAAAUUAAAAUCGAUUAACACGACGGUGUCAGGAAUUUUUUUUAAUAAACAUUAAUUAUUGGUGCUACGCGCAGGACAGCGGAUAGUUUGCUCUGAUUGGGCAUUCCAUUGACCUUUGAUAAUGAUUUAUACAUUUUAAUUUUUAUUACAUUUCGAUAUAAAUAAAUAAAUUUGUUUAUUGCAAAAUAAAAACACAUACUCUAUCCUUUGAAAUAACACUUUUAUUAGCAAAAACUUUCUUUGUUCAUAUAUUUUAACUUAGAAAAUAAAAGUUUAUUAUUUUUAAACUUUUGCAAUUGUUUAAACAAUAUUUCACAAACAAUAAUAAAAUUAGUUUGAUUUUUGUGGAAUUAAAAUAUUAAAAUAGAACAAAAUAUAGAGUAAGAAAAUAAUAUAUUAGAUAGAGAUUGGAAGACAUUUUGGUGGAAAUCAAUUUGUGUGAAUCGAACACCGCUGUCCUGCGCGUAGCACCAAAAAUUAUUGUUUAUUUAAAAAAUUUCCUGACGCCGUGGUAAUUAAUCGAUUUUAAUUUUGCAAAUUGCAAAUGAAAGUUACAGUAUACUUUUAUAAGCAAAAAAAAAUUCAACUUGCUAUCUGCUUUAUUUUCUGUCCUGUAACAUUUUGAAAAAAUGAAUUUUUUUUGCGAAAGCUGGAUUGCAAAAUUUAUUUUGCAAAAUCUAUUGAACCGAUCUUAAUGAAAUUUACAGUAUUGUUUUACUAUAUCAUAAAGUUUUUCUGGGUGAAACAUGAAGGUCCUAAGUGUAGCAUAAAUGGUUGAAAAACGUAAAAUGCGAAUAGUUGUUUUUGUAUGGUUUUUUCGCAAUUAUUGCUAUUUUGCAACUAGGGCGACUAUUUUUUAAAUUUUUAGCCAAUUCUAUAUUGUAGGAAAUUUAAUUACGCAACUUUUCUCGAAAAUGAAUACUUUUAAAGUUAUAAUCAAAAAACGAAGAAAGAAAUCGAAUUUUUCCUUCAUUUUUUGACAUUUUCAUUAUUUAAACAAUGUUCCGGACCUUUUUGAGAGGGAGGAUAACUCAGAUAUUAUUAUUUGAUUUAUUUUCAAGCAAUUUCUGCAAAAAAAUUUGAGUCACCUCUCAACGUCCAUCUCAAAACAGAUGCGCCCUGGACUAUAUAUAAAAUAAUCACAUUUAAUGUGUUUUAAAAAUGGCUACCAUUUUUACAAUCAACAGCUGUUACUGACGACUACUACUGUUGAUUGUAAAAAUGGUAGCCAUUUUUAAAACACAUUAAAUGUGAUUAUUUUAUAUAUUUAAGGGUUUUUACCCUGACCAGUGGUUUGAUCCCUGGGUUAAUUUUUAAAAUUAGUUUGUUCGAAGUUUUCUCUUCAUUUGAGGUAGUUACAAUUACAAGACGAUAGCUCUGAUGAUGGCAUUAGAAAUGCUGAAAGUACUCUGCUGAUUUUAAUAAAUUUAUUUACACACUAUCGGUUUUUUGAAAACAUACACCAGUUCCCGUUUUGAUUUACUAUUGUAUUAUUCUCUUUGUCCACUUCUCUUUGCUUUCUCUUGCCACAUGACCUGCCCAUUUCCAUUUAGAUUUUGUGCUAGCUUCGAUAAUAUAUUUUACUUUGAUUCUUCUUCUUAGAUCUUCGUUUCUCAUAUGGCCUCUUAAGCCUACAUUUAUUAUAAUUUUCUCAUUAGCUUUUUGAGUUGUUCUAAGACUAUAGCGAUAUCGUGUCUUCUUCUCUGAUUACUCUCCGCAUUACUAUUGCAUUAUAAGUUUUCAGUUAUUUUAACUUUAAAUGUUGCUUUCCUGUAAAUUUGUUUUCUAAGAGCCUCUUAUAUUGUGAGUCUAUCCUGGCGUCAUCUAAUGCAUGAAAGAUUGCCCAUCUAUGGAAUCGAAAGCUUUAUUAAAGUCAACAAAUGCAAACUGGAGCGGAAUUUUAUAUUCCGUGCAUUUUUCUAUGAGUGCGAUAUUGAUUGAAGAUGAUCGCGCUAAGAUGGAUUGGCUGGAUCAGCGGAUCCUGUCUGUUUUAUUCUUUCGAAAUUUCUUCUAUAAGUCUUUUCCAUUCCUCUCUUCUUGACUUCUCUCCCAUCUCAGACCAAUUUUUUCAUGAUCUUUUGUUACAGUUCUUCUCCAGCUAUUAUCGGGUCUUUCUCUUCCGACUGGUUGGUAUUCGAGUGCCUGUCUCCUGUCUGGUCAUAUUAUUUUGGCCCUUCCUUAGAGUAUGUCUAAUCCAUUUCCUUCUUUUAAUCGUUAGUGUUAUUUUCUCUUGUUUUGUUCUUCUCCAUAGAUGUACGUUUGUUAUUUUAUCCGGCCAGUAUAUUCAUAGGAUGUUUCUCAACGAUUUAUUUAUAAGGGUUUGUAAUUUUUUGGUAGUUGUCUCUUCCUGUGUGCAAGAUUCUGCGCCAUACAAUAAUAUACUCUUAAUACAGCUGUUAAAUGUUUUGAUUUUGGUUAAUUCUGAUAUAUCGCGUGCAUUUCAGAUUUAGUUUCUUGGUUGCUCUUUUUUGAGUUUUGUUUUUUGGAUUUAUCUCCAGGUCCAUUGGAGUAUUUUGCAAGCUUGUUUUUUUUUUCAUAUGGCUGCUAUGUUCGGUGAGGAGACAAAUGUCUUCGAACUCCAUGUCCUCCAACUAGAGACAAGGGCGGAUCUGUAAAAAUAUUAGUACAUUUGGACGUUGAGAGGUGACUCAAACUUUUAUUGCAGAAAUUGCUUGAAAAUAACUCAAAUAAUAUUUGAGUUAUCCUCCCUCUCAAAAAGGUCCGGAACAUUAUUUAAAUAAUCAAAAUGUCAAAAAAUGAAGGAAAACUUUUUCUUCGUUUUUUAAUUAUAACUUUAAAAGUAUUCAUUUCCGAGAAAAGUUGUACUGACAUAAAAGUUGCGUAUUUAAAUUUCCUACAAUAUAGAAUUGGUUAAAAAUUAAAAAAAAUAGUCACCCUUGUUGCAAAAUAGCAAUAAUUGCGAAAAAACCAUACAAAAACAAGUAUUCGCAUUUUACGUUUUUCAACCAUUUAUGCUACACUUAGGACCUUCAUAUUUUACCCAGAAAAACUUUAUGAUACAUUAAAACAGUGCUGUAAAUUACAUUAAGAUCGGUUUAAUAGAUUUUGAAAAAUAAAUUUUGCAAUCCAGCUUUCUCAAAAAAAAUUCAUUUAUUCAAAAUGUUACAGGACUGAAAAUAAAACAGAUAUCAAGUUGAAAUUUUUUUUGCGUAUAGAGGUGUACUGUACCUUUUAUUUGCAAUUUGAAAAAUUAAAAUCGAUUAACUACCACGGCGUCAGGAAUUUUUUUAAAAAAACAUUAAUUAUUGGUGCUACGCGCAGGAGAGCGGAUAGUUUGCUCUGAUUGGGCAUUCCAAUGACCUUUGAUAAUGAUUGAUACAUUUUAAUUUUUAUAUUUCGAUAUAAAUAAAUAAAUUUGUUUAUUGCAAAAUAAAAACACAUUCUCUAUCUUUUGAAAUAAUACUUUUUUACCAAAAAUUUCUUUGUUCAUAUAUUUUAACUUGGAGAAUAAAGGUUUUUUAUUUUUAAACAUAUGCAAUUGUUUAAACAAUAUUUCACUGACUAAGUCAAACUAAUAAAAUUAGUUUGAUUUUUGUGGAAUUAAAAUAUUAAAAUACAACAAAAUAUAGAGUAAGAAAAUAAUAUAUUAGAUAAAGAUUGGAAGAAAUUUUGGUGGAAAUCAACUUGUGUGAAUCGAACACCGCUGUCCUGCGCGUAGCACCAAAAAUUAAUGUUUAUUUAAAAAAUUUCCUGACGCCGUGGUAAUUAUUCGAUUUUAAUUUUGCAAAUUUCAAAUGAAAGGUACAGUACACUUUUAUAACCAAAAUAAAAAUCAACUUGCUAUCUGCUUUAUAUUCAGUCCUGCAACAUUUAAAAAAAAUGAAUUUUUUUUGCGAAAGCUGGAUUGCAAAAUUUAUUUUGCAAAAUCUAUUGAACCGAUCUUAAUGAACUUUACAGUAUUGUUUUACUGUAUCAUAAAGUUUUUUAGGGUGAAAUAUGAGGGUCCUAAGUGUAGCAUAAAUGGUUGAAAAACGUAAAAUGCGAAUACUUGUUUUUGUAUGGUUUUUUUCGCAAUUAUUGCUAUUUUGCAACAAGGCUGACUAUUUUUUAAAUUUUUAAAGAAAUUCUAUAUCGUUGGAAAUUUAAUUACGCAACUUUUAUAUCAGUACAAAUUUUCUCAGAAAUGAAUAGUUUUAAAGUUAUAAUCAAAAAACCAAUAAAAAAAUCGAAUUUUUCCUUCAUAUUUUGACAUUUUGAUUAUUUGAACAAUGUUCCGGACCAUUUUGAAUGGGAGGAUAACUAAAAUAUUAUUAUUUAAACUAUUUUCAAGCAAUUUCUGCAAAAAAAUUUGAGUCACCUCUCAAAACAGGUGCGCCCUGGACUACUAGUCAUGCAAGUUCCACCUAAUAGCUGUUUUUUAUCUCUUAUUUUCUGCAUGAUUUAAUCCGUUAUUAUAAAUACUUAUCCUAAAAAACUAUGCUAAAUAUGGAUUUAGACUCGAAUUAGCUUGAUGUUUUUUGUUAUAAUUGUAAUUGUUACUAAAUUGUGUGUAGAGAUUCAUAUUUUCCACAACUCGUUAAUACCAUAAACAUAAGUUGGUUUACAGUUUUUCCUAAGCAAGCAGCUACUUUGUUGUUUUGUUAUUGUUUAGCUUGUGUAUUUCCUUUAAAUCUUGUAUAUUUUUGUUAAGAUCAUUACAUUGGUAUGGUUGGUUUUACAAACGGUACAGUCGUAUGUGUGAAAGUGUAUGUAUGUAGCUGGCUAUUGUCUAGAAAACAAUUUUCAUUAUCUAUAUCGAAUAAUAGUUUUUAAUUUAGAAUCUUUGAUAUAAUUUUCCUGGUUUUAAAGAAUUUUUGCUGCUAGUAUAAUAUAGAAAGGUGUACAAAAUAUUUACCCAUUUACUUAUAAGUUUGGGAUAUGGGUUUUGUUGUUUAUAUUCUUUUUCUUUAGUUGAAAGUCGAAUUUUGCAGAAAAGUGUUAUCUUUGGUAAGUAUCCGGAGUUUUUGGUUACGAAAGAGUGGUGUAAAUGUUGUUCUACUCGAAUUAUAUAUUACAUUGUUUGAUGAUAUUUAUAAAUAUUGAAAUAAAGAAUAGAUUCACAUUUUAA